CACGCACCCACCCUGAUUCAGUUCCGGCCAGGUGGCGUGCAACAAGUGUUUUGUGCGGUUCACAGCGACUCGCAAUUACUAUCGCGGAUUCGGCAAAAAUGCGGAUGUUCUUACGCCGCUGCAUGUUCUUGAAUGCUUGGUGAUCUGGACGAACGACGGUGAGAAUGCGUGAUCGUGCGAUCGUUAUCAGGUUAUGGCUAAGUGUGUGGAGUUUGUGGUGUGCCGUUGACCCAAGUUUGGUAAUGGUCACGGUAACGGCUGAUAGUUUGCCCGACGGGAAUAAUAAUAAUGUGAAACUCAGUGAGCACGGCUUGCAGCUGACGCAAACGCUCAACAUGCAGAGGCAGGAGUUCCUGCAGCAGGCGUGCAAGCUUAUGGGGUACGAGAAUGCUUCCCUUGAGGAUUUGAACGAGCAACAGAUGGAUCACCUGCUGGUGGACCCGAGCCACAAGUUCUUGUAUUGUUAUGUCCCCAAGGUUGCAUGCACAAAUUGGAAACGUGUACUUAUGAUAAUGACUGGCGCUUGGAAAAAUGGUACUGAUCCCCUUGAAAUUCCAGCAUCUCUGGCACAUUCGGUAGGAAUAUUUCAAAAACUCAGCUCUCUUCAACCCGAUGAACGUCGAACUGUGAUAUCUGACUAUACACGUCUCAUAAUAACACGACAUCCUUUCGAACGCCUGCUAUCAGCGUAUCGCAAUAAAUUAGAAGGAAAUUCCAGCAGCGCGAGAUACUUUCAAACUCGAAUCGGAAAAACCAUAGUCAAGUCAUUCCGUGAAAAUCCAUCGAAUGAAUCAUUGGAGUUGGGUCACGAUGUUUCCUUCGAAGAGUUCAUUAAGUAUCUUCUGACGCCCAAUCUGAGCAUGGGCUACCAAGCAAAUCAGUCGUUCAACGAACACUGGGAACCUGCUGCAAAUCUAUGUCAUCCGUGUAUUAUUAAAUAUAAUGUUGUAGGUAAAUAUGAAACUCUUCUGGAUGAUUCGGCUCUAGCUCUCUAUCUAGCAAACGCAACAAACGUAUCCUUCCCCACUGGACAUAAGCCAUCCGGGACAAGCAGUCAAUUGCGGAAAUAUUUUGAACCUAUUCCCGUCGGAGCAAUAAGAAAAUUAUAUGAAAUCUAUGAAGACGAUUUUCGGUUGUUUGACUACGGUUUAGAAAAUGUUUUAGGUUUUGAAUUUGGUUGAUUAAACAAAAUAGAUUAAGAGUUCGCAGAUUGUAGAUAAUGAUGCAAUUGUGAUACCUGAAUAUACAUACAAUAGUUAUCCUGUAAAUUGUAAAUAUCGUGCAUUAGCUAGUAUAGGGCCUAGUGAUGUAAGAAAGUUGAGUUCAAGUUUUGUAUAUUUGUUUGAUUUGUAUGUAAGACAUUUUUAUAGAAAUGCAAAAUUCAUUGAAUUUUAUAUA